UUAACUCCUGUUAUCUUCCUACUUGUUAUUCAUAAAAAAGACAGACGAGUUGAUGAAGAAGGAAGAAAAAAUGUUGUUUUUAUUUCUAUUUCUUGCAGUAUUUUAUUGCGCGGCAGAUGCAACGACUUGUGAUCCAGACUAUCAGAAAAUUGGUUGUUUUAAAAGAACACCAACUCUAUUACACGAUUUGUUGGUGAAUGAUCGAGACCCUACUCAUGCUAACUUCUCUGGACAACUUAUCAAUUGGAACGACUAUGGAAAUUAUCUACACAGCUUAGCAUGUAGAUGCUCAGAGAAAGUACGAAAGUAUCACUAUCGAUUUUUUGCAAUUGGUUUCUACGGCGAGUGCUUCGCAGGUCAUGACUCGUCAAUGUUUGAGCAAAUGUUAAAGACAGGUCUGCUUGCAUCGCAAGAUUGCGUUGAUGGAGAGUACGCACCCUGUGAUCAAUUCUCGCCGAUGGAGUGCAGUGGUAAAGGACAUUCAGAAUACAUCUACAAACUUAACAACCCUCCCGUUCGAUGUGACUUAAAGCCUGGUGAUGGCGUUGGGAGUGGCGAGAUAUCAAUUGGAAUAAAAGGUUCUCUUAAGGAAUGCAUCGAUGCUUGUUUGGACUUGAAAGAUGAAUUUCCAGACGUGAAUGGUGUUACAAUACUUUCGUCGGGUGUAGCAGAAUGCUUUUGUGAGCGGGGUCAAACAGGACGAAAUUCCUCCCCAAGAUGGAGAAAUUGUUUACUUGAGAUGUAAAUAUGUUAUUUGAAAUGUAAAAAUAAAAAAAACGCUAA